AUGCGCAAACUUUUCGGCGAGAGCUUUCGACGGCAGCAGCAGCAGCAGGCGGCGGCGGCGGCGGGCUCCGGCAGAGGCGAACCCCCCGAGGAAGGGCCUGGGCUCCGGGGGGCCCCCAGCCUCGUGGGCAAAGCCAGGGAACCGGGGGGGCCCUUUCCGCACCUGCCCGGAGGCAUGGACGGCGCCCUCCUGCCCGACGCCAGAGGGGACGAGGACAGGCCCCAGCACCUCCAAGAGCAGCGCAGAGACGCCCCGCCGCCUCCGCCGCCGCGCAGCUGCAUCCCCUUUCCGGGGCACCGGGCGCUGGGGGGCGGCCCCAGACUCGAGGCCGAGAGGCCGCCGCCGCCGCCGCCCCCCCAACUCUGGGAUAGUUUACAUUCCUCGCAUAGUUCCUCCAAGCCACGAGCUGCCCCCGGCUCCCCCUCGCCGCCCCCCUCCUCCCCCUCGCCGGCCGCCUGCGGCAGCGCCGUGGGACGGGAGAUCUCCAGCAGCGAGGAAGAGCUGCUGCGGUCUGUCCCCCGGGGCCCCCAGCCUGCGCUCGCCCCCUCCGGCACCGGCAACAGCUGGCACCGGCCUCCCGAGGGGUCUUCGGGGAGCGAGGAGGAGGAGGAGGACCCCCUGCUGGCCCCCAGGAAGCGCGCCGUCCGGAAGAAAAGGAAAGAGCCGGGCCUCCGGGACCAGGCCUUGGGCAGCAAUGGACUGGCGGGGAUGGAGUGGUACCUCAAGGCCCAGCAGGACCUUUCCCAGUAUGUGCCUCUGCCGGCUGACGAAAGGACUAGGCCGUCUCCCGCUGCCAGCUUCCUCAGCGAGGCCAAAGCCUCCGCGGGCGGCGCCAGGGGCCACAAAUCCUUCCCGCGGGGCCUGCCCGAAGGCGGCGGCGGCAGCUCCUCGCUGGGCAGCCUUUCCUCAGUGGCUCCCCUCCCGCUGGUUUCCAGAGUCUCCAAAGUGAACAUCCCGCCUUUCGUGCCAAGCCCAUGUGGCUCCCGGAGCAGCAGCAGGUACUCGAGUACCGAGACGCUGAAAGAAGAAGACCUCCUUGGGGCCUCCUGGACUGGUCCAGCCAGGGGCUUUCAGGGCAUGUAUCGGUCGCCAAGCUUCAACCAAAGCGACAGCCUCGUCAGGCUGCAGCCGCAGGUUCGGGCCCGCCCGACCCUGCCCUCUGGCAUCGUCAAAACGCAGCAGGAACUCCCGCCAUUCGAGAACCUGCACCACUGCGGCCUUGAAGCGGCAGAGAGGUCCAAGAACAGGAAGUCCAUGUCCAACCCGGACAUUGCGACGGAGACGCUGGCCCUCCUCAGCUUCCUGAAGUCGGACCUCUCCGAGCUGAAGGCGAGGAAGAAAGGCGGCAGGCUGAGCGAUCAAGAGGAGACGGCCUGUGGCGGCACCGACAGGCAUGAAAGUUGCCACCACGGUGCAGCCGGGCACCAGCUAGCAGGACGGAUCCAGAGCGAGGCUCAGCCACCAAACCGUUGGGUGCUGGGUAACCGGCCGACGCUGAAGGACCUCACGGCAACUCUGCGGCGGGCCAAAUCUUUUACCUAUUCAGAUAAACCAGCUCCCCGCAGACUCUUUCUCCAGAGUGCAAUGAAGCAGAGCAGUUCGGAGCUUCUCCUUACCAGCGCCGGCGACCAUGACGGUGCCGUUUCCGACAGCGAAAUUGGGAGAGGCAGGGAGGAGGAUGGCCUGCCGGUCAUCAUCCAAGACCAAUAUAUUCAAGAAGCCAGGCAAGUCUUCGAGAAGAUAAGUAAGAUUGGGUCCCAACACGAUUAUAACUUUGCUUUGGACCAAAAAGACAACAGCAGCAUGAAAAGUGAAGUAGAAGAUGGAGAAACUCAGAAGGAGGAAGCCCCAGGAGGCGGCUACGGACGGUGCUUGGCGAAAGCUGACUCUGAAGGAAACCUCUCUGGUCGGAAAUCCUUAGAAGAACUCUCAGGUCCUGAAUCCAGUAUGACAGAUGAAGGCAUUGUAACCGAGCCAGAGACGGGUCCGGCUUACAGCUAUCUCAACCCAUCCGUUGCAGCGUGGAAGUCCGCGAACCAAACAGGAAGUGGCGGCAGCCAGCCAGAGAGGAACGAGAUGCUUCUUCCAAACCACAUCGCCAGAGCGAAUAACGAGAAGGCCGCUGUUGCGGAUGAGGCCUUUUCCAGUAGCAAGAUGGCGCCCCAAGGGUUACUAGAAGCACCCUCGACUCCUAGCGCCCUUCGACGCCGAAGAAAGUUUCCAUCGGUGGGAAACAAUGGCUCCGAACCCAGCAGUGGAAGCAACGGGGAAUCCAGUGGUGAAACCUACAGAUCCUUGAGCGACCCCAUGCCACACCGGAGAUGCUCCAUCACCGAGGACUCAGAGAACUUCUCCGUCGACAGUAACCUCCUGGGCUCCCUGAAUUCAAAGUCUGGCCUCCCGGAAUCCUCAGCCGUAGCCCUGUCCGAAUGCACGGGGAGUGCAGCCAGUGACUUGUCUGUCUGCAGCGACAGCCUCAAGGAUUACAGCACGGUGAUACAGAACAUUGUCAGCCAGCCUGGAGCCAUGGACAAAGUGAUUGACGAGAAAGGGAAUGGCAAGACCAUCAAGAAGAAGUCCUUCAGUGACCCCAGCCGCCGGGGCGAGCUGGCCGGCGCGGGCUUUGAUGGGCCCGGAGAGCCCAUCAACGAGAUGGACCAGAGCAUCCCUCCGUCCAGUAGCGAACCCAUCCUGUCCAAGCAGAGAGAUCAGAGGAGGGAGCAGGAAGUGGGGAGGCGGUACUCACAGUCUGAGCACGUCCUGCUGCCGCCAGAGGACAACAUGGCGGACGUGGCUCAGAGCUAUAGCUUUGAUCCCAAGCUGGCCGAAGUCCUGUCCCCGAGAAUCGUCCGCCGGAGCUCUAAGAAGCGCAACAACAGGGUGAACUGCCAGGAGAACAGAGGAGAAGAGGCCACGCCGUCCCCCACGGUUCCUGCCACGCUAGGUAGGGCACGGCAGGCCCCCAAACACGUGCGUCAGAAAAGCGAGCCCGCCACCUUUAUCCCCAUCUCGGAUGCCCACCUGCCUUCUUCACUGAACCAAAACGUCCACGUUGCCACGCAGGAUCCCCCGCGGCUGCCCACAAAACACUACCCCGUUCUCCAAACUCCAUCCUUGGAGGAUGUCACCAAGCACUACAUGUUGACCCUCAGUUCGGGGGAGCCGCCCUCCACCAGCACUGUGGAUACGCCCAGAUCGUCACCUGCCACGCCAACCACGUCGGAACCCAAACUCCCCAGAUGUCCAAAGCAUCACGAAGAUCCCAGCGUAGCCCCCGGCCCCAGGAGCAAGCCACAAGUGGACAUGCGGAAACAUGUCAUCAUGACACUCCUGGAUACCGAGCAGUCGUACGUGGAGUCUCUUCGGACCCUGAUGCAGGGUUACAUGAAGCCCCUGAAGCUGCCAGAAAGUUCCGUCCUCUGUGACCCAUCUCUAGUGGACGAGAUCUUCGACCAAAUCCCCGAGCUGUUGGAGCAUCACGAGGAGUUCCUGGAGCAGAUCUCCGAGUGCACGCAAAACUGGCACGAGAAGCAGAAAGUGGGAGACAUCCUGGUACAAUCUUUUUCCAAGGACAUCCUGGUGAAGAUUUACUCCGCCUACAUUGAUAACUUCCUCAACGCCAAAGAUGCCGUCAGGAUCGCCAAGGAAGCCAGGCCAGCGUUUAUGAAGUUUCUGGAGCAAAGCAUGAGAGAAAACAAGGAAAAGCAGGCGCUCUCGGACCUCAUGAUCAAGCCGGUGCAGCGGAUUCCACGCUAUGAACUCCUGGUCAAGGACCUUCUGAAGCAUACGCCAGAGGACCACCCUGAUCGCCCGUUCUUGCUAGAAGCCCAGAGGAAUAUCAAGCAAGUUGCAGAGAGGAUCAACAAAGGCAUGAAAAGCGCUGAAGAAGUGGAGAGAAAUGCCCGGAUUGUGCAAGAGAUUGAAUCACAUAUAGAGGGAAUGGAAGAUCUUCAAGCCCCACUGAGGAGGUUCUUACGCCAGGAGAUGGUGGUGGAAGUGAAGGCCAUGGGUGGAAAGAAGGACCGCUCCCUGUUCCUCUUCACCGACCUGCUGGUUUGCACCACUCUGAAACGCAAGUCCGGGUCUCUGCGGAGAAGUUCCAUGAGUCUUUACACAGCGGCCAGCGUGAUAGACACAGCCAGCAAGUACAAACUGCUCUGGAAAUUGCCCCUGGAAGAUGUGGACAUCGUGAAAGGGGCCUCUCAGUCCACCAACCGUGAGAGCAUCCAGAAGGCCAUCUGCCGCUUGGAUGAAGACCUCAGCACCCUCGGUCAAGUCAGCAAACUUUCUGAGACCCUGAGCUUUCCCCAUCAGAACCUGGAUGACGUCAUCAAGGACCUCAUGGCCGCCAUCCACCGCGAGCUGGCCGAGAAGCAGUCGCUGUCCUUCACCAUGUCCUUUCCGCCCAACAAAAUGGAGCUGACGGCCACCAAAGCCGACAGCACCGAGUCUUACAUCUUUGAGUUUCCCAAUCCGGAUGCGCGCCACAGCUUCGAGCAAGCCUUCGAGGACACGAAGAAGAAAUUAGCUUCCAACAAAAACUGCCUGGAUCCUGAGUUUCUGAAGGCGCUUCCCAUCAUGAAAACGAGGAGCGGGAUGCAGUUCUCCUGUGCCUCACCCAGCCACAGCAACCCAGAGAACGCCUACGAGGUCUGGGUGUGCAACAGCGACGGCUAUGUCGGGCAGGUCUGCCUUCUCAGCAUCAGGAAGGAGCCCAUCGUCGAGGCCUGCAUUGCCGUCUGCUCCGCCAGGAUCCUCUGCAUCGCCUCCGUGCCGGGCUUGAAGAGGACGUACAGGGAACGUCCCGAGCGUCUGGCCAGCCUGGCCUCAGAACCGGUCCACACGGCCCUGGAAGAGUCCGUCCCUCAGCAGUGUUUGCACAUCUCCAUUUCCGGGUCUUCCCUGGAGCUCUCGGAGCCGAUGGACAGCGCCAGUCGGGAACUCGUCCCCUUCGACAGUGAUGAUACUGACGACGAGUCAUCGCCGAGUCCUUCUGGCACCCUCCAGAGCCAGGCCAGCCAAUCCACCAUCUCCUCCAGCUUUGGAAACGAGGAGAUCCCAAGCUCUAAAGAUGUGACAGCUGAGACAACCAGCUCAGAAGAGGAACAAGACCCUGCUGGCUUCCUUCCCAUCGCCCCCACCUUCUCCCAGAACAGGAACAGCGAGAGCCCAAUGGACGGCCGGGCUAUGAGGCGGUCGAGUCGUGGGUCAUUCACCAGGGGCAGCCUGGAAGACCUGCUGAGCAUUGACCCUGAGGCCUAUCAGAGUUCCAUGUGGCUGGGCACAGAGGACGGCUGCAUCCACGUCUACCAAUCCUCAGACAAUAUCCGCAACCGGAAGAAUAGCAUGAAAAUGCAGCAUGCGGCCUCCGUGACCUGUGUUUUGUAUCUUGAUAACCAGGUAUUUGUAUCGCUGGCCAAUGGAGAACUUGUUGCCUACCAAAGAGAAGCAGGGCGCUUUUGGGACUCCCAGAACUCCAAAUCCCUCUCGCUGGGCUCCCCAGGCAGCCCCGUGACCAAGAUGGUGGCCGUGGGGGGGCGGUUGUGGUGUGGAUGCCAGAACCGAGUCAUCAUCCUCAACACGUCCACGCUUCAGCAGGAGCACACGUUCCACGUUGGGCCGGACAGCAACCGUAGCGUGACCUGCAUGGUCAGCUCUGGCUUGGGAGUCUGGGUCACUCUUCAGGGCAGUGCCCAGGUGAGGCUUUACCACCCUGCCAGCUACGAACAGUUGGUGGAAGUGGACGUCACCCCGCCAGUCCACAAGAUGUUGGCAGGAUCGGACGCCAUCAUCCGGCAGCACAAGGCCGCCUGCUUGCGGAUCACCGCCCUCUUGGCGUGCAAAGACCUGCUCUGGAUCGGCACCAGCGCCGGAGUGGUGUUGACGCUCUCCAUCACGGCCAACGCCGCCUCCUUGAAGACCCUGCCUUUGCCCGUGGGCCUCUCACAGGGCCACACCGGCCACGUCCGGUUCCUCACAACCAUCGAGUUGCCAGAAGGUUUUGACAUCCUCUUUCCCUUGCCCAGGGAUCCAGGUACUGAAACGCCCAAUGACUUGGAGAAGCGGGACGCCACGCGGCACAGGCCUUCCAAGUCCAAGAUGCUUGUGAUUAGUGGUGGAGACGGCUACGAGGACUUCAGACUCACCAACAGCAGUGAGACAGUGGGUCGGGAUGACAGCACAAAUCACCUUCUCCUCUGGAGGGUCUGAGGAGUAUCAGAACAGCAGACCCCCUCCUGGGGAGGGAGGGAGGGAGAGAGAAAGAGAG